CGGAGUCUUACGCCAGCUACGCUAGCUUGCCCUGAUAUGCCGGGCCUGUCGAUGAAUAGCCUAUCGCGGACUCCCUCAUAGGGCUAGGCCGACGAUCACUUCCGCGUGGGGAAGAGCUGUGCGAGAUGGGGCUAUUCCGGACUAUUCCAAGAUGACCACACGAUUCAUACGAUGUGCCGACAAAGAACCCCAGGUCCAACAAUACGAGCUUGAGCCUCACGCGCUUUGUUACCUUCGCUACAGGUAUUCCGGAAGAAUCAAGAUCCAGGGGUCUCAUGCUCUUGCUGGUCAUGUGACUAUGGAAAGACCUCCACAAGACAGGCUACGUCAAUACGAGCUUCAACAAUAGAGCGGUCAUAUGUCUGAGCCCAGUAUCGGCUUAGCCAAGACUUGUCAGGCCAUAGCCAAUAUGUCCAGAAUACGGGUGGACUCGAGAUCAUGAUGUUGACGGUUACUAAGGUAGGAGACCGGUGUAUAAAAUACCAGCAAGUCUCCCUCCAAUAUCGACUCAAGACAUUCACCAUCACCAACAACAACCACAAUACCAUCACAAGAACUCAUUCACUCGCUCAACCAACCACAACUACCUAAUAUUAUUACUUAAUUUUAAUAUCUUAAGACCAAACCAACCAAUAAUCCAUCCAAAAUGCAGUUCACCAGCACCAUCCUCACCUCCCUCCUCGCCGCCGUCGCCCUCGCGGCGCCCACUCCCUCGCCGGACGUCAAGUCCGCCAUGGCCGACGUCGACCAAUGGACGAUCGAGAGCAUGCAGCGCGUGUGCGACAGCGCCGACACCAGCUGCGCCUGGUCGUUCCGCGUGAACACGCACGUCGGCGACACGACGCCCUGCAGCUUCACGGUGAAGGGAUCGCCCGCGAGCCAGACCGACUCGAGCGGCAACGUGUGCGGGCCCUACACCGUGGGCACGGGCUGGAGCGGCCAGUUCGGCGCCGGCAAUGGCUUCACGACCCUCAGCGUCGUCGACUACACUGCUAAGCUCAUCGCUUGGCCUAGCUACACCGAUAAGCAGCUCGCGAACGGCGCGGUUGUUACUCCUGAUAUGAGCUAUGCUCCUUCUGUUCUUAACCUCUAAGUCACGACGCUUCGGCACUUAUGAGAACCGGAUUUUAGGUGGUAAAGGGUUUGGAGAAGGAGACUUGGGAAGGGGGUUGGAUAUGGGAGCCAGAUGAUAGGAGUAUGGGGUUCGAAUUCUACGGAAAAGGACAUUCAUUGCACAUAUUUAGAGCGACCUUGUAAUUGUUAAUAAAAUCACGGAUUGCAUUUGGGAAAUUCCU